AUGUUUGUCAAUAUGGCGUAAACGUGAACACGUGCGUUUGUUUUGGAACAGUUCAUGGGGUGUAAACUACUUUUGUUGAGACCUUCACAAAAGUAUGAGGAUGAUGGAUGAACAGCCGCCAAGCAAGAGGCGAAAGUUUAACUUUUCAAGUGUCCCGUUCAAAGACAAAGUGAACAAUUUGCGAGAAGAACGAAAGAAACUCCCAAUCUUUCCUGCACGCUCCCGCCUUGUACAGGAAGUGAGGAAACAUGAUAGCGUCAUUGUUAUCGGGGAAACAGGAAGUGGCAAAACAACACAAAUACCUCAGUAUCUCCUCGAGUGUGGUGUACACCAUGGCAAACUCAUUGCAGUUACUCAGCCUCGCCGAGUGGCAGCCAUCACAGUGUCUCAGAGGGUCGCGGAGGAGAAGAACUGUCAAGUAGGAAAGCUGGUAGGCUACUGUGUCAGGUUUGACGAUAUGACGACAGAUAGCACGAAAAUCAAGUACAUGACAGAUGGUAUGCUUCUGAGAGAGGCCAUCUUGGAUCCACUCAUGAACAGGUACACUGUUGUGAUCCUGGACGAAGCUCAUGAGAGAACAAUACACACAGAUGUAUUGUUUGGUGUGGUGAAAGCUGCUCAGAGAGACAGAAAGAAGAAGGGGUUGAAGCCAUUGAAGAUAAUUGUGAUGUCAGCCACUAUGGACGUGGACCACUUCUCUGCUUACUUCAACCAAGCACCUGUUCUGUACCUGGAGGGUCGACAGUUUCCAGUCCAGGUGUUGUACUGCUGUGAGCCUCAGAGUGACUACCUGUUUACCUCCCUUGUCACGCUCUUCCAGAUCCACAGGGAGCAGCCCACAGGUGAGGAUGUUCUGAUGUUCUUGACGGGUCAAGAAGAGAUCGAGUCUACUGUUAAGUCAAUACACGACAUCUCACGGGACAUGGUUGGCGAGGCCCCACCUCUGGUUGUCUGCCCUUUGUAUGCAGCGCUGCCAGCACCUCAACAGCUCAAAGUUUUCCAGCCAACACCCAAAGGCUCAAGAAAAGUGAUUGUAUCCACUAAUAUUGCUGAGACAUCAGUCACCAUCCAUGGGGUGAAGUUUGUCAUCGAUUGUGGAAUGGUGAAAGCCAAAGUGUUCAACCCCAGCAGCGGCCUGGAUCUGCUGAGGGUGGUGCGGGUGUCUAAGGCACAGGCACUACAGAGAACAGGGCGGGCUGGUCGAGAGGCUGCGGGGUCGUGCUACCGCAUCUUCACAGAAAAACAGUUCGAGUCCCUGAAAGACAACACAGUACCAGAGAUCCAGAGGUGUAACCUGUCCAGUGUUGUACUCCAGAUGCUGGCUCUCGGUAUUUCAGACAUCAUCAAGUUUGACUUCAUGGAUAAACCUUCAACUGAUUCAAUAAUCUGUGCCUUAGACAACCUUAUUUUACUUGGGGCUAUUGAGAAGAAAGCCAAAAUUCAGCUAACCCCUGUUGGGAAGAAGAUGUCUGCCUUCCCUCUGGAACCUCGACUGUCAAAGGUCAUCCUUAUGGCAAAGGAAUAUCACUGUCUGGAGGAGAUAUUGAGUAUUGUGUCUCUGCUGUCGGUGGACUCCAUCUUGUUCACCCCACACAGUAAGAGAGAAGAGGCUCUUGCAGCGAGGAGGAAGUUUAUCUCAAGUGAGGGAGACAGCAUCACAUUGCUCAACAUCUACAAGGCAUACAAGGGUGUCAGUGGAAACAAGGAUUGGUGUCGGGAGAACUUCAUCAACAUACGCAACAUGAAGACGGCACUGGAGGUGCGGCGGCAGCUGCGGGACAUCGUGCUGCGUCAACAACUACCGAUACAGUCGUGUGGACAGGACACCACCGCCAUUAGACGCUGCAUGUCAACGGGUUUCUUCAUGAAUGCUGCCGAGCUGCAGAAGACUGGAGACUACAUCACUCUUUCAGUGAGGAAGACUGUAUCAAUCCAUCCAUCCUCUGGGCUGUUCCAGUGCAAGCCAGCCUACGUCCUGUAUAAUGAACUGGUUCAGACAUCCAAGUGCUACAUGAGAGAUCUGACAGUAGUUGAUCCUGAUUGGCUGUCCGAGGCAGCACCUGCCCUCUUCAAGAAGAAAGCUGCUGCUGCCUCCGUAACAUAAUACAUCCCAUGUGGGGGAUACGAGGAUGUGAUACGACCAUCAUGUACCAGGGUGGUACACCUGUGACUGGCUGAUGGUACCGAGAGAGAUUGAGAUGGGAUAGGGGGAGGGUAGGGUUUGUGGGGUGGCAGAGAAAAUAGGUGAUACCUUCUACGGCCUUGAUUAUCAUGAAAGAUACGUAUGCUUGAUGAUGUCAAGACUGGAGAGAGAUAGAGGGGUUGACCAAUACGUCCAGCCUCAGUGGGACCGGUAUCUCAUGUAAUAUAAUACACACGUAGCGUCAUCUAGAAAGAGUGAAGAAAUAGAUUUAUGGGAAUUCUUAAUCAUCUUGUAAAUAUUUUCAAAUUGCAAGAGAGUAAAAGUUUUUGUUGUGACAAGGCUCCUGUUGAGAUAAAUAAUCAAGUUGGAAUGACUUGCCUGUAGGUGGAACUGUUCUUCAGGGAUAUCUCUGCUAUUUAUGAAGCGUGUUUGGGUAAUAUGUUUUACAUGAGAUAAAGCAUAUGACUUAAAAGGUCAUUGUUAUAGUUAUCAAAGUUGUCACAAUGAGUAUAAUGAUUUAAAUGUAAAUAAAACAUGUACAUAUGAAA